CUUCUUUUAAUUCUUAAUUCUCUCCCCAUCCCACAGACUAUUAGAAAAUCUUUUUUUCUGGUUUCCCCUCUCCCCUCUUCUCUUCUUGUGGUUGACUUGGGUCUACCUUUCGCUCGACCAUCAACCGUCUGGCCGUCAUACCACGUUCGAUUCCCAUCCCCUCUGCUAGUCAGCGCAAAGGGUCGAUCGGUGGGAAUUCAAGCAUUAUAGCAGCCACACCUAUAAGACCGGGACUGUCUGGCCGUGCCAACGACCCGCUCUCGGCCUAUCACGGGAGUCAUUUAGUACACAUUUUGGACGGUUGAUUCAAGCAACACCGUGAGACUUGCUCACCACCACCAUUACCACCGACAGCUCGGACAUCCACAAAUCCAGAAUCCAGCGAGGAAUCAUACAAUCGGCAGCCCGUCCUUUUGGCUUGCCAUUCCACUUGAGACGACAACGCAUCACAACAACCCCAGCCAGACUCAGAUUCGGAUUCAGACUCAGAAUUGCUUGCUCCGGCAAUCUGUUGUUGUUGUUGUCGUUCCUCUGGUGUUCUUUCACGGUAUUCAUCCCACGCACGUCUUGCCCGACAAAUUCCUGAGCCUCUCUUCUUGACCCAGGUCCCCCACGCUUGUCUUCGACUUUCCCCAACUCUCUUCCGUCCAAUACAUUCCCCUAGGCCAGCAGCCGAAGUCACCUCACUGGUACUAUUCCUGCUCGCGUGCGCAUUGCACCACCGCCUUUCUUCUUCUCAGUCAGCCAUUUCGUGCUGCCACCCGCAGCCCCUCAACAAGGCAGUCCCUGGUCAUCCUGGACAAAGCCCGUGGUCCUAUCGUCACCGCCCGCCCGAUUUUCGUCGACCCCACACCCGGGAUCCCGCACAUCCCACGGUGUCUCCCCCGAAACAUUCCUCCCCACUGUCUCUCUUGUCAGUGUCGGGUCAGUGACACCCAACUGCUUGGAAACCCCGAUUUCUCUUUCGAAAGAGAACGAACGUUGGGGACUUUCCGUCACUUACCAGUGGCUUGAACUGUGCUUCCAUUCCUAGAAGAGACCCUGGCUUGUGUUGCUCCUUGAGUGCAUUCGAACUGGUCCGCUUCCUCCCGCGCGCUUUCGCUCAAUCUCAAGCAUUUCCCGCCAGAUCUAUCAUGACAACCUACAGCUUCAGCCGAAUAUCCUCUUCUCCUUGUCGGAGGUUCUUACUCUGGGUGUUGACGCCUUGACUUUUGCUACUUCGCUUGAUAUACUACCUUCAUCGGAACCAAUCAUAUAACCAAGCCGAUCUACUGGCUGUCGCUCGUUGGAGCUGAUCUGAUCUCAUUUGCCCGCUCAACUUUAUCUUCCCCGCAAGAUCGAGGGAUACAGAAGAGAAGAAAAAAACCCCGAGUCCUGCAACAAAGACACGAUCGAUAAAUCACCAACACACAAAGGAGGCUAGAGCCACAGAUCAAAAAAUCGGCCCCUGAGACGCUUCAGAGAGGCAGCACCUCAAUUGCCAUAUCACAGGCGCCGUUGAGCAUGCCUCGCAAGUCGCGGCCGGCGACGCCCAGCAUGAUGCUGGGCCCUCUUGGAGGUCCAAACUCACCGCCUCAUACCCCUACCACCACCGUGCCAAUGGCGAAUCGCAAGUUCGCGGCACGACACUUGCCGCAAUGGCAUCACCAAAUCAUACUGGAUGAUUCCAGCAUUCAGCCUACUGGCAAUGGCCACGAGUUCAGUUUUACGCCCUCUAAUCGCUUCGCUCACUUGUCACCCCGCACUUCUUCCGAAGACUCCUCUGAGUCUGAUGAAGAAGAUGAAUCCGAGUCCGAACCCGAAUCUGAACAACGCCAAGUACCCCACGUAAGACCCAAGACCAACGAUGACGAAGAAGACGACGAAGAUGAAGACAGCGAUGACGAAGACGAAGAUGAAGAUUCUGACGACGAAGAAUCGGAAGACUCAGACGAUGAUACGCCUAUGCGCUUUGCUCCUCCGGCCCCGGCUCCAAUGCCUACCCCGAUGCCAGCAUCCGUGUCGGCAUCCAUGUUCGCUCCGAGGUCUGUGCCGAUGCCGGCCUCUCGUAUGGCCGUCGACAGCAGUUCUGGAGAAGAAUCGGAUGAGGAGGAAGAAGACGAAGACGAAGACGAGGAGUCUGACUCUGAUUCGGAAUCAGAGUCUUUGGCCACCCCCCCUAUCCAAGAGAUCCAUCAGGAGGCGCAUAUUGUCACCGCUACCACCACCUCAACUGUCAAGGCGAAUUUUACCCUGGAAGAGCUUUCCGACUUUGACCCAAUGGAUCAAGACCGCAGCGGCACUAUUGCCCCCUCCGGCUUCUCCUCCCCGGCAUCUGCUCGCUCUCGCUCACGGGCACCACCUCCUAAAGGGCUCCCUCCUGGCUUCACCCAAGAGAUGAGGAAUCUCGGAUUUGAUGGAAGCAGUUCUGAAGGCUCGGAUAACGACCUAGAUGCCGAUGAGGCUCACCGCGAGUUCGUGCGCAUGCAACGGGAGCUGAAGAUGCGCAAGCGGCGGGCCCACGGAUCUAGCAUUGGCAAGCGCACCAUAUCUGAACGUAGCGACUCUGACCAUGAAGAUAUGACACCCCUCGACGCAGACGAUGUUGGCUCCAGCGCACGCAGACUCCGGCGACGCUACGGGGACAGCCACAGGCACAGCUUUAUCCUAUUCCAAGACCCACCUCCGCCUCGUAUCGACGAAGUCGAGGAGCCCGAGAGUGAGGUUGAAGGCACUUUAUUCUUUUGUGACAGCGGCACGCUGGCGCGAGAGCUUCCCUACUACUCCAUCGAGAUUAUGGAGUACGAGAGUCCCAGCCCUAGUCCUAGCCCAUGAGCGGGCCAUGUUUGCCUGUCGAUUUCAAGGCACUCAUUAUACGUUUUACAACAACCAUGAAUAAUAACCACAACGAUAUAUAGCGUCUGGUCUCGUCUCUUCGCCGCAGUACGAGGCCUCUUAUCGGCGCACACUGAUGUUUCACGACGAGCAUACAGGGAUGAUGGCAUAGAUUGAUGACGAUGACGGAUUGAUGACUAGCAUCUUGUUCUUUACUUUACAUUUCUGUUACGGAGCAGCA